UUGAGGGAGGAGGAUGAGAGACUUUUGGCCGUUUUCGUUUUAUAAUUAGGUUAACAGAGCAGUGAGAAACUGCGCAGGACGGAGUGUAUCAUGGAGUGAAUUCGGUGGCUGUGUUUGUCCCAGCUUUCUUUCAGGUUUGGCUGGAACUGGAAGGGUCUGAGGCUCAUCAGCAUGGCGGAGGGAGACGAGGGUUCAGCUGGAGAGUGGAAGGAGAAGUACAUGGCUCUGGAGGCUCUGCUCUUCAAGUUCAGAGGACAGAUGAGUGUGAUUCGGGAACUUACAGCAGAAAAGAUGCAGCAGUUGGAGUCACAAGUUUUGGAGGCAGAGAGGCGGGCAAGUGAGGCAAACCAACAGGUGCAGUGGAUGGAGGAGCGUCUGAAGGCUGCAGAUGUGCAGUCCAGUGACUCUGAGCUGAGGCUGUUCAGACGCUGUCAGGACCUCCAGGCUGCUCUGCAGGAGAAAGAGGAGCUCAUUACUGCGCUGGAGCAGCAGCUGGAGGAACAGAAACAGAGCCGAAUCCAAGACGCCAAGACUGUAGAGGAGAAAGCGGCAAAGAUCAAGGAGUGGGUGAUGCGGAAGCUGAAUGAGUUUGAAGCAGAAAAUGCCUCCCUGAGGGAAACGAACCAGCAGCAGGAGACUCAGAUACUGGAACUGAAAAGACAGAUUCAAGUCCUGGAGCAGGCCGUUGGAGCCCACACCAAACCCGGAGAGGCUCAGCGGCUCAGCAGUCUGACCUUCGGCUGCUUCCAGGUCCGAGGGAAGAGCCUUCAGGUGCUGACAGGUCCAGUGCCAGCUCAGAAGAGCAACAGCAGUGUGUGUACACACCACAUGCGCACGGACUGCAGGAGACCCUCCACCGACCAUGGCAUAAAACAGACUUCUGAGGCCGAGAAUGGGACUCCCAGUUGUAGAACAGAAUCAGAGGAGGUGAAGGACGGUGAAGCUGUGAGUGAUGCUCUGUCUCGUGAUGUCUUCUCCAUCCUGUCCAGCGCUGCCUCUGAUAGCGAAGCAGUUGCGUGCAGUGGCCUGGAGCUCAGUCGACCCACCAGUGAAGCCUACCUGACAGCCUCCGACGACAGCAGCUCACUCUUCGAUGAUGACAUGCAGCGGACGGGGGGUCCCUCCUUCUGCCUCCCAGGAACAGACACUAUGGCCAAGAUCAAAGGUUGCAAAAAGGCAGACCUAGAGGACAUCUGCUCAGAUGAGUUGAAUAAGCGCUUCCAGUCGCAGUGCCUUAAUUCUUCGUCCUCCUCCAGCGAGGCCAACACCCCGAGCCCCAUCCUGACCCCCGCCCUCACCCCAAAGCGCCCCACGCCUUCGCAGGACACCCAGGACACGCCUGCCUCCCCCAAGCAGCCACGACUGCGGACCCCCAACACCUUUAACGUUAGCGUAACAGUAGCUAAGAAGCACCUGAGUCAGCCUCAACUGUGCAGUGAAGUGGCCCAUGGAAGAAGCCGCAACGCUAUCAGCAUGCUGCGUCCACUGAAGCCCCAGGAGACUGACCUGGACCUAGAGCAGGAGAUGGAAACCAGUGAAGGGUCAUCUCAAGCCCCAGUAGAUGAUCAGACGAAGCCUGAUGCUUCUGCUGCUGUGCAAGGAAGCAAGCCUCCCACCCCUCCACUGCACAGGUUUCCCUCUUGGGAGAGCAGAAUAUACGCAGUGGCCAAAUCUGGAAUUCGGCUGUCGGAAACAUCUUGCGCAGAUGUAGCUAAUAAAGACUCCUCCCACCCAUCCUCAUACCCUGCCUUCAUGCUCUACACAUCCCUCAUCUACAGGAACAUGAGCACACCUGUCUACACCACAGUCAAAGGGAGGGCGACAUUGCUAAGCAGUAGUCAGUUGUCAGAAGAGUCAUCCAGCUCUGAGGAGGACGAGAGUUCUGAGGACUGUCUCUCGAACUCCGGCGAGGAGGAGAGCGGCUCGUACACCUCUGGCUCCAUCUCCGGCAAAGGCAACAGCCAUGACAGCCCCCGCUCUCUCAAGAGAGCUGUGUCCCUGUCUUCGAUGGCGUCUGAGAGUGAUUACGCCAUUCCACCGGAUGCCUACUCUACUGAUACAGAGUGCUCAGAGCCUGAGAACAAACUGCCAAAGACCUGCUCAGCCAGUAGUGACAGCGGCAAGAGUGAGCCGAUGGAAAAGUCUGGAUACCUGUUGAAGAUGGUGAAGACCUGGAAGAAGACGUGGAAGCGCCGUUGGUUCGUCCUGAAAGAUGGAGAACUGCUGUAUUACAAGUCACCGAGCGAUGUCAUCCGCAAACCUCAAGGCCAAAUUGAGCUCAGUGCUUCCAGCACCAUUGCCCGUGGGGACGGCAAGCAAAUGCUUCAGGUGGUGACGGGAAAGCGUGUGUAUAAUCUGAAGGCGGACUCUCCUAACCUGCUUGAGGAGUGGCUGAGGGUCCUGCAGUGCGUGCUGAGGGUUAAAGCAGCCAGUCCACUCUUCACCCAGCCUGAUGUCCGGCCAGCCAUGAGGGGACACCUGAUAAAGGUAAAGCAUGGCUAUUCUAAACAGGUGUGGUGUGCGCUCAUUGGGAAGACACUGUACUACUUCAGAUGUCAAGAGGACAAGUUCCCUCUGGGUCAGAUCAGGCUGUGGGAGGCACGUGUUGAAGAAGUGGAGCAGUCAUGUGACUCAGAUGAGGACAGUAAGAGGGAGCAGAGUGGGCUGUCUUCACACUCCACCAUUUCCAUCCAGCCCCUAAACCAGGCCCCCACUUACCUGCUUAUAGACUCCCAGCAUGAGAAGGCAGCGUGGCUUUAUCACUUGUCAGUGGCAGCGGGUGCGAGCAUGGGGCAGGUGGGGACCGAGUUUGAGCAGCUGGUUGGCAAACUGCUCAGUGUAGACGGUGAACCAGGCUCUCAGGUGUGGAGGCAUCCCAUGCUGUGCUUCAGUAAGGAAGGCCUAACUUCCCCUCUCACCACCCUGCCUUCACAAGCCCUGCAGACUGAAGCCAUCAAACUUUUUAAGACAUGCCAGCUCUUCAUCAAUGUAGCCAUUGACACUCCGGCCAUAGACUACCAUGUGACACUGGCCCAGUGUGCACUACAGGUGUGUCUCACACACCCUGAGCUGCAGAACGAGAUCUACUGCCAGCUCAUCAAACAGACACGUAGGAGGCAGCCCCACGGCCAGCCAGGCCCGCUGCAGGGUUGGCAGUUCCUGGCACUGUGUGUGGGGCUUUUCUUGCCCCAGCAUCCCAUCCUCUGGCUUCUUCAAGUCCACCUCAAAAAGCAUGCUGACUCUAGGACAGAGGUGGGGAAGUAUGCCAUCUACUGUCAGCGCUCAGUGGAGAGAACCCAACAGAAAGGUGAUCGACAGGCUAGACCCUCGCGCAUGGAGAUCCUGUCCAUCUUACUGAGGAACCCGUACCACCAUUCACUGCCCUUCAGUCUGCCUGUGCACUUUCUCAACAACACUUACCAGGUCGUUGGUUUUGAUGCCUCCACCACAGUGGAAGAGUUCCAGAGCCGUCUGAAUCAGGACACUGGCAUGAGAAAGACAGGCCAGUCUGGCUUUAGUCUCUACUCCGAUGACCCCACAGGCCAAACCUUGGAACACUACCUGCAGGGCAGUUUGAAGAUUUGUGACAUCAUAUCUAAAUGGGAGCAAGCCUGUAAGGAGCUUCACACAGGCAAAUCUGAGAACACCAGGACUGUGAAACUCACUUACAAGAACAGGUUGUACUUCUCCCAGCAGCUGAGAGGAGAAACGGAGAGAGAGCGCCUGCUUUUGGCCUAUCAGACUAACGAGGAGAUUGCAGCGGGUCACUUUCCUGUAAACAAAGAACUGGCCUUAGAAAUGUCUGCACUGCUCGCUCAGGUGGAGUUUGGAGACUUUGAGCGGCCGUUCUCCUGUGCAGGCGGCUCAGGUUCUGGACAGGCUAAAUCUAAGCAGACUCUCAAACAGGUUCUAGAGCGCUUUUACCCGAAGCACUACAGACGGGCCUGCUCAGAGGAGCAGCUGAGCCAGUUAGGUCAGAGGCUCUCAGCUCGGUGGGCGUCGUUGAGGGGCCGGAGCACCUCUGAGUGUGUGCGGAUUUACCUGACAGUGGCUCGCAAGUGGCCUUUCUUCGGAGCCAAGCUGUUUGAGGCUGAGCCCUUGUCACCCUCUCCUCAGCAGAACACACACGUGUGGCUAGCGGUACAUGAGGAUGGACUGAGCGUGCUGGAAUUCACCUCCAUAAAACUCCUGGUGUCCUACUCCCACAAGAACAUUGCAGUGUUUGGAGGCUAUCGCCAGGACUUCAUGCUGGUGGUGUCUCAGAGCUCUGCAAGCAACACAGUCAGAGACAAGCCCACAGAGAAGCUCUUGUAUGCUAUGAGCCCUUCCAAGAUCCAGGAGUUGACCUUACUCAUGGCCAGCUACAUCAACAGCGCCCACCAGCAGAAGUCGGCAGCCCACCAUCUCUCAGCCCCAGCCUUGCUUCUGGCCCAGACCCAAGUCGGAGAGCAACGUAGCAAAUCCCCUCCUGCGACCUCCUCCAGACCCAGCAAAGCUCCCACACUGCUGUGAUGCUCCUCCCAGUGGAGUGUCUCUCAAUCACAUCUUGGGGAUUUCACCAAUAACACAUCCAGCUAAAUGUCCAGCUAAUCAAUGUCUUCUGAAAACAAUUAUCAGAAGGAUCGGUGUGGUAGAUCAGGUAACCCAGGAGCAGGCCUGGUGACCAGUGCACUAGUAGGUAUCCCACAAGCUGGACAGUUUAAGCCAAAAGUGAUGACUGUUCAGUAGUAAUGUGCCCUCAGCUCUCCUCCUAUUGGCCAGGCUUAACCUUUUGGCUUAUAUAAUAUGGCUAACAUUCUCCGUUUGUGAAAUACCACACUGACACUCAGAGAGAACAUGUGCUAAAUAUUCAAAUGAAGAGGAAGUGCUCUAAUGCAUGGGAGCAGGAACUUACACCUGAUUUGCAUAUUGCUUCAUUCUUUGGCCUGUCGUUGGGAUGAAGUUGGUUGGUGUAUUGAGAAAUAUAUCCUUCCCUUUCUUCUUACAUCUCACACAGAAAAGCUGUUAAAGUUACAUGGAUCAUAUUAUGUAUGUCAUGAUAUGAUGAAGUACAAUGAGGCCACAGGUGUUACAGAACAUAGGCUAAAGCCAGUAUCGACUAACCAAAUAUAAUAAGUAAGUAUCAUUUCAAAGAAAUGUAAGCAGACGCUAUUUAUUCAAUCAAUUAAUGAACUCCAUGAUUAAUACUGAUGUAUACCAGAGAUAUGUUUACCCUGACUUCAGGAAAGGAAAAGGACAUUCCAGAGUAAUAAGUGAACAGUAACUCUUCUUCCUAAGAAAUGCUGCAGUAGAACAGAUGUGCGGGUGAACGAAAGAAAAACAUGUCAAUGGAAUGUAAUGCUGAGCGUUUGCAUAUAGAUAAAAGAUUUGUUCACUUGAUGAAGUAAAGUAAGUAUGUCUGACUGAUGAAGAAUGUUUGGAGGUUGUAUUGGAGCAGGGAUGGUGUUGUGCUGGCGUUAGAAGACUGACAUUAGGCAUAGAAAAGAGAGGAUGGCUCUGGAAGGAGGAAGAGUUUUCGGAGAUUCAAGGUGGUUUUUCACCCUUCUGGCCAAAAAGGGUACUCAGAGCGAACAGCAAGUAUUUUUGGUCACACUUUACUUAAACCUUUAUACAUAACAUUGCCAUAACCAUGCCAUAAACUAGUCAUGGAAGAUGUCAUACCGUCAUGACGGAUUUUGUUCAUUAAUAAAACAGUGAGUGCGUUUACAUGCAUUUUACAUUUUUUUUCUUAUGAUUCUAAAUUAAUGCUUAUAAUUUCUAGUAUAACUGUUUUUUUUAUCACCCGACUAUAAAGCACUUUGAGCUGCCACCGGCAUGAAAAGUGCUAAAUAAAUAGAAAUUAUUAUUGUAAUUAUUAUUAAUAAUAAUAAUCCGAUCAUUUGUUUUAGUCAAUCAGUUAUCUGAUGAUUCAAAUGGUCAUGUAAACAGCACACUCUGUUUUCUUAGACCUGAGUAAGGUCUAGAAAUCCAAUUAAGAAAUCUGAUAAAGAGAGCUAGAUUUUAACUCAGUAAUCAGAUUUCUCAGUGCAUGUGAACUCUUACUCAGAAAUCCUGCCUGACUCAUGUAGACCCAGAGUUUCCCCAUUAUCUGAUUACUCAAGUGUACGUAAACACGUUGAUCGGAUUGCUGAUAAAAUUAGAUUUUCUGCAGUUAUCAGACUAUUAAGUGCAUGUAAAAGCACUCAGUGUCUUGUUCUGAUGCCAGUACUGUCAUGACAGAUUAUGUCACAUGCUAAUUUUGUUAAAUAUACUCUGAACGGCUACUUCAUUAGGAAACUGCUGUGUCUGAUCCACUUGUACCAGCGCAACGCACACUAACACACCCCUACCGACUUUACAUCUACAAGGUGGACUGACAAGGUAGGAGUGUCUAAUGGAGUGGACAGUGAGUAGACACAGUGUUUAAAAACUCCAGCAGCACUGCUGUGUCUGAUCCACUCAGACCAGCACAGCACACACUAACACACCACCACCACGUCAGUGUCACUGCAAUGCUGAGAAUGAUCCACCACCCAAAUAAUGCCUGUGCUGUGGUGGUCCUGUGGGGGCUAACAUAGUAUGCAAAGACACAGAUGGACUACAGUCUGUAAUUGUAAAACUACAAAGUGCACCUACAUACACGUAAGUGGACCUAAUAAAAUGGAUGAAGUGUGUAGAUGCGAGGAGGUGGACUCUGCCAAGAUCUGUUUAUGGCAUGAUUAUGUCAAUGUCGUAUUAUGAGAUGAAGUAAACUGUUAUUAGGUUUUCUCAGUGCACAAACAGGAAGUGGAACCUCACAUUUUACCAAACUUGUGGUUAAAUAUACUGAGCAUAAGAGCAAAGUGCAGAGUGUGUAAACUUGCCUUUCCACUAUAACUUUUCUCUUUUAUUUCUAUGAUUUACAAAAUUAAACAGAGGACUUUGAUAAUCGGUGUUGCUCUUAUCUGUUUUACUCUUGGAAGUAUCAGCGUGAAGCUGUUAUAUACACCAUGGAUCUUAACUGCCAUAUCAGUUCUCUGGCAUGGGCGCGCUAUCUGAAUAUCUUGAGUAGUUUUGGUUUUUGGCCAAUCUUAUAAUCCCAGAGUACAGGAGGCAAGGUGCUGUCUCUUGGUUCCUGCAUCUACUGUAUUGUACUUACAUGUUUGUUCAUUUUCUCAUAGUAUUUAAUUGUAAUUAAAGCUUAAACACCAUCAUAUUUUUCA